AUGGGCGAUGCAGACGCGCAAAUGCGACCUACAGGUCCGCCACGCCCACCAUUUCCAGCAGGCAUGCCUAUGCGACCUAUGGCUGGGCCACCACGUCCCAUGCCACCGAAUAUGAUAAGACCUCCGCCACUACGACAAACCGAUAGUCAAGGAAAUCUGCUUAUGGGACAGCGUCCACCAAUGCCACAACAACCAAAUAUACAAAUGCGUCCACCUAGUAGUGGUGGGCCAAUAAGUCCACCUGGUCAAGGUCCACCACGACCAGGCGCACCUUGGACAGGGCCACCACCAGGGCAAGCAAAUCCAAAUCGACCACAAAAUCCUUAUCCUGGAAAUCCACCAGCGAGGCCACCAUUUCAAAGACCACCAAUACCACAAGGACAACAACAGUUUCGACCACCAAUACCACAACAACAACAACAGCAACACAUGCCACCUACGCAACAGCUGCAGCAACAACAACAACAACAGCAAGCACAGCAGCAUCAUCAAUUGCAACAGCAACAGUCUCAACGCCCACCUUCAACUAGUUCCAUUAAUAAUGAGGAUGAUGAUGAUGUGAUUAUGGGUCAAGCUGUAACACCUUUAAAGUCUUUAAAUUUAAGAGAUGAUCUAUUAGGUCCAUCACUAUUUGAAGAAACUGAACCACCAACAUCUAAAGAAGUUUCUGAUACUACAACCAGAACGAAUAGUUUUUUACCAACUGUAAACGAAAUCAAUGAUAAUAUUAUGAAACCGACGAACCCUCAAAUUAGACCUUCUAGUAAUAGUUCCGAGAGGACAAUGAAGUCAAGUGUUUAUAAAGGAGACAAUGAUAGUGGCGUUGAUGAAUCAACUCAAGAAAAGGUUAGUAUUUCUUAG